AUUAGCUUCAUAUCUAAAUUAAACUUGUAACUAAGGGUUUAGGGUAAACCAGCCAUCUGUAAGUCUUUGGGAACUAAAGUAUUAAAAAUAAUAAUAAAUAAAUAAACUAUAAGGACUCUAUGACUCGGUUGGAAAAGUUAAAUAGUUGUAAAAGAUAUAAGGGAUUUUACUGCUGCUUGUUUCUCUUUCUCUCACUUUUAUAUUGUUCUUUAUUGCUGAAUUACAGUCAUCACUAAUAGGUGAACAAAGAUUAGUUAAUAUAGUUAGUUAGUUAAUAUAAUAAUAGUUAAUUAGUUAAUGCAGGUUCAGCAAAAAAAAAAAAAAAACAUAUUAAAGACUGAUAUGGCCGACAUUUUAGAGGAAAGAAUAAACAAAGGUAGAAAAAUCUUUCUGUCUCUCUGUUGCUCCCUCUCAGAUCCUGUGGUAAAGCAUCGGCCAACACCAUCACCCACCAACCACCAACUGGAUGACCAGGAGGUGAGGCCCCUCCACCAGCGCAGCACAGCGCCACACAGAGGCCUGGUACAGACUGACAGCCCGAACUUCCUCUGCAGCAGCCUGCCACAGCACUGGAGGUGUAACAAGACCCUGCCGAGAGCCUUCACUGUGGUUGCCCUGGGCAACGACGUGCCAGACGGCGUGGUUGUCACAGUGAUGGCUGGCAAUGAAGACAACAGCAGCGCUGAGCUACGCAAUGCCACAGCAACCAUGAAGCAAGGCUACGCCCACUUUAAUGACCUCCGCUUCAUAGGUCGCAGCGGGAGAGGCAAGAGUUUCACACUUUCCAUCAAUGUGCUGACGUCGCCCCCUCAGAUUGCCACCUUACACAGAGCUAUCAAGGUUACUGUGGAUGGACAGCGGCUGCCAAGACGACAGAGGCAGAAGGAUGUGAAGUCAGGAAUGUUCAGGUCAUCCAGCAGCAGCACUGCAUCAUCAGACUGUAGAUCCUUUUCCUCCUCUAUGUGGACCAGUGAGCCGUCAUUCCUGGGCCAGGUGACUUCUCUGACCUCCUCCUUCACUCCAAGUCCCAGAAUGCACCACCUGCCUGCCCUCUCCUACUCCACCCAGCCCACACCAUACAGCUCGUACCUGUGUUCUCCUCCUCCUCCCCCUCCGCUGAGCCAUGGUGGUCCUUUCCAGCCGAGCAGCUUCUAUUACGGACCGAACCAACCGGUGCAAACAACGGGGGAUGAUCGCAGCGUUGUCACAGCUCUGACCAAUUAUAUUGAGGGGGCGUGUCUUUCUUUAAGGGGGGAGGAGCCUGUGUGGAGGCCUUAUUGAUAAAUGGAUGUGUUGUGUUAUACAACAUCUUAUAAUAGAAUCAGCCUCCCACCCACCUGUAAAAAGAAAUCUUUAAACUUGUUUUUCAGCAUGCCUAACUUCUGUGUGCCACAGUGAUUAUGUUGUUCUUAUUUAUUGUACUGUUGUGAAAAUAUUUAUUCAUUAAUUAUUAUUAAUAGUUAUUUAAUACUUUUACAUAUACUUCGGGUUAAACAAUAACAGCAGUUGUGAUACAAUAAAAGCAUUUAUUA